GGAGUCAGUUGAUGUGGAAAAAUGGUGGCCAGCGUUCGAGUGCAAAAGCUGCUCCGACGAUACAAACUUGCAAUUGCAGCUGCACUAACUAUUCUUCUCAUCCAAGGGCUGGUAGUAUGGAGUCUAAGAAGUUUAGAAGAAGGAGAAGCAGAGAGAAAAACAAGACGAUCUAAGCUGCCUGACCACAACGGCCAGGAUGCUAAAAAAGACAGCUCAUUGUGGGCAAAUUCAAAUUCUCUGGCUUGGAGGAGCAAAGGGAAAUGGAAUAUCAGGUUUGAGAGGACUGGGGGCACAGCUGGAAGUACGCAAAGAAAAGGGAACAGCGGUCGAGGGGGAAAACUUACCACUAGACAGAAAACCCCCCAGGAGCGGGAAAUGACAGCUGCUGGACUGGAUGGUGUAGUUUCUCAUGACCUGUCCAGCAGCCGUAACCUCAGCGACAGUCAUGGCGGCCUAGACGUGGGAGUGAAGUUUCCAGCUGCUGCCUUGCCAGGGGAACCGGGUAGCGUGGAUGGUCGGACGGAUCAAGCCCUCAGCAAUGACUUUGUGCCUAAAUGCGACAUCACGGGCAAAGAUGCGCUGUCGGCUCUCCAUCGCGCCGAGUCACAGCGAUGUCGACAGGAGAUCGCCAACAUCGUGUGCCAGCAUCAAGCUGGGAAGCUAAUGCCACACGGGUUUCCUCAGUUCUGCCCCCAUCCAGGGUUUUCACAGCCAGUGGAGGCUGCUGGUGAAGAGGACUUCAGCAUAUCUAAAGUGAAGAACCCUGUUAGGGUGGCGUUUGUCCUGAUGGUGCACGGCCGAGCUGUCCGACAACUCAAGCGACUCAUCAAAGCCAUAUACCAUAGAGACCACUUCUUCUACAUCCAUGUGGACAAGCGUUGUAGCUACAUGCAUCGGGAAGUCCUGCAGAUGGCAAAGCACUACCCAAAUAUACGGGCCACACCUUGGCGGAUGGUCACCAUCUGGGGAGGAGCCAGUCUUCUGAAGGCCUACCUGCGGAGCAUGCAGGAUCUGCUUUCCAUGGCUGAAUGGAAGUGGGACUUCUUCAUCAAUCUCAGUGCAACAGACUUCCCAACUAGGACCAACGAUGAGCUGGUGGCAUUCCUGUCGCAGUACAGAGACAAGAACUUCUUAAAGUCUCAUGGGAGGGAGAACACCAGGUUUAUUAAGAAACAGGGUCUUGACCGCCUCUUCCAUGAAUGCGACAACCACAUGUGGCGUCUCGGUGAGCGCAGCAUCCCAAAAGGCCUGGAGGUCUCUGGUGGCUCCGACUGGUUUGCGCUCACUCGCCCCUUUGUGGAGUACGUCAUCCACUCCCAGGACGAGCUUGUGUUGGGGCUGAAGCAGUUCUACUCCUACGCUCUGCUCCCCGCCGAGUCUUUCUUCCACACAGUUCUUGGGAACAGUCACAUGUGUGACACCCUGGUGGACAACAACCUGCGCGUCACCAACUGGAACCGGAAGCUGGGCUGUAAGUGCCAGUAUAAACACAUAGUGGACUGGUGCGGCUGCUCUCCCAACGACUUCAAGCCUCAGGACCUCAUUCGGAUUCAGCAAUUGAGUCGUCCAACUUUCUUCGCUCGAAAAUUCGAGUCAACCGUGAACCAGGAGGCCAUAGAAAUCCUGGACACUCACCUGUAUGGCCAGUAUGCUCCAGGAACUGCUGCCAUCAAGGCUUACUGGGAAAGCGUGUUUGAGCAGCUAGAUGGCGUGGGCUCGCUCAGCGAUGUGGCUCUCACAGCCUACACGUCCUUCAUUCGUUUGGGCCUGAAGAGCCUGAUGACUUCCCAAAGCGACGUGGAAGCCUGCAGGUUUGAACAAGUUGGGUUCCCUUUGUCUGUACAUCUGUACUUUUACGAUGACCACUUCCAAGGGUACCUGGUUCGUCAGGAAGUGCAGACUGUGGGGUCAAAGGACAGAGAGACUCUAGAAGUGUGGGCUCUGCCUCAAACUUUGGUCACUUUUGAGUUGUACCCUAGAGACUUUGAACGGCUCAAGAACCUGGAGGUUGGAACAGAGUGGGACCCCAAAGAAAGGAUCUUCCGUAAUUUUGGCAGUGUGAUCGGGCCUUUAGAUGAACCACUCGCAGUCCAGAAGUGGGCGCGCGGUCAAAACCUCACAGCCACCAUAGUUUGGAUCGACCCAGCUUUAGUGGUGGCUGCAUCCUAUGACAUUAACGUGGACGCAGAUGCAGAGUACACGCACUACAAACCGCCGCUGCAGCACCCCCUGCGGCCCGGCAAGUGGACGGUUCAGCUGCUGAAACAGUGGCAGCGCGUGGCUAAAGUCAACUUUCUCGUCAUGCCGUUAACUUUUAACAAUAAAGAGCCGCUACGCAGAGAGGAGGACAGCUGGUUCCAUUCAGGGCCUCCAGGUAACGUGUACCUGGAUCACAGCCUCCAGCAGCUGAGCUCUGUGCUGAAGCUGCCCCCCCAGGAGCCCGCCAUGCAGGCGGCCCUGCGCAACGCUCAGUUAGUGGGCCAGCCCCUGCAAGAGUGGGUGGACAGGGAAGUGGGGAGCUUCUGGGUAAUAGGGAGCAUGUGCAGCGCACAGACAUCCUCCUGCCCCGCUUUGGGAUCUUGCUCCAAGACGACAUGGAGCUCCUACUCACCUGACCCAAAAUCUGAACUGGUGCAGAUCAAAAGUGAUGGACGGAUCAGAUAGCCUCAUUGCAAAGUGCAG